GAACUUAAAGUCAGUACUAAUUCCGUAACAUUUACUAGGAAAAAAUGUGUAUACUGUAGAAGUUUUUACUAAGUUAUAGUCUCAUCAUCAUGCCAAACACUGCGGACAGUGCAGGUCCUACACCUGAGCCCGUUAAUAUUUACUCAAAAAUGUCGUAUAUUGAAGUAAUUAUAUCAUUUGUAUCUUCCCUAGGAUUGCUAAUUUUUACUGCUAUCCAGUUAUUUUACCGAACGGCUGAUCGACAGAAUCAGCUUUUACGAGUCCACCGGCAGACACACUUUGAUGGGAUGCCUUUUCUUAGUAAACCUAAAACGGAUUGUCGAAGAAAAAUAGUAGAAAAUGGGUUAAAUGAGCAUAAAAACAGAAUUGUUAAUCCACCCCAAUGUGGUCGUAUUAUUCCAGCUGUUGUAGAAAAUUUGAGAGAUGCUAAACAAGAUUGUGCCGAAAUGUUACAAAAGAUUCGGAGUGUAUUGCAACGCUCUCAUGGAAAAUGCGCAGAGUUGAUGUCAAUGCGAUGCUGUUUAUCUUGUGUAAAAGGUGUUUUACCUGAAAAUCAAAGUGAAAGAUUUUUGCGAGUCUAUGAACUGGUUAGUUUUGGCGUUAAUAGAGUAAAUGGAAUGGAAAAAUACUUGAUAUCAGAGGAUAUAAAAUUUUUGCAUUUCUUCUUUUAUGAUACUAUUCUAAAGGAAUUGCAAUAGACGAUGAAGAGAUCUUAUUUCGAUUUUUCUAUAUUCUGUUUUGCAUUUUUGAAUUUGAUUGCAUUAGUUUUUUUCUCAUUAAAAGAUACCUCAUUCUUUCAAAUUCAAUAUGAAUCGACAUUUAA